AAAACCCUUUUUAAGAACGGAUAAAUCCGAAAAAAAAUCUCUAGAGCGCUCUCUCUUGCGUCGGCCUGAAGCUGAAGCUAUACAAACGAAACGAGAGACGUAGGGAUUUGAUCAGAUGGAUCCAGACGCAGUGGCGAAGGCCUUCGUUGAACACUACUACACCACUUUCGAUGCGAAUCGUGCGGGCCUUGCUAACCUUUACCAGGAAGGUUCGAUGCUGACUUUUGAAGGUCAAAAGAUCCAAGGCUCACCUAACAUCGUCGCCAAACUUACUAGCCUUCCAUUUCAGCAGUGCCAGCACUCCAUCACCACCGUCGAUUGCCAGCCAUCCGGUCCCGCCGGAGGCAUGCUCGUUUUCGUUUCUGGUAAUCUCCAGCUCGCCGGUGAACAGCACGCUCUUAAGUUCAGUCAGAUGUUCCAUUUGAUGCCAACACCUCAGGGAAGCUUUUAUGUGUUCAAUGACAUAUUCAGGUUGAACUAUGCAUGAAGAGUAGAUGAUUUGAAGGGAAUAUAUGGCCUGAAGGAUUGAAACAAGUUUGCUUUAAUUUUAUUUAAUUUAAACAUCUAAAUGGAAACUGGGUUUUUUUUUGGUUGGUUAUGUUAAAUGUUUCCUUGUGCCUUUUUCUUUCCAAACUUCUAUUGAGAGACAUCUUUGUUGUGAUGGUUGAGCUGGUGGAAAGGUGCUUUCCUUUAAACUGGGUAUUGGAGGUUGAAGGCUUUCUAGUUGAUUUUAGUUGCUGUCCGCGAGCAAGGUUACCUAGAAUGAAUCACAAAAUCUGCAAUUGUCUAA